AAUGAUUCCGCGCAAAGGCUUUUGGGCCCACAGGCUCCGGCGCUGCAGUCAGGCUUUCCGGGACAGCCUCAUCAGCUUGUUUCCCAGGCAUCAAAUGCAUCACUCGGUCAAAGUCUUUUGAGCUCAAGGCAGCCUCUACCACACCAUGCGCCAAACCCUGUUGCCCCAUCUGCUCAGCAACACCCACUGCAGCCAAUGCCACUGGCGCCGGCCUUGUUGCAGCUUCUUCAACAGCAGCAGCAGCAGCAACAACAACAACAACAACAGCAACAGCACCUUUACAUGUCUCAAGCGCAACUCCCGCACCCGCAAGUACCACACCUUCAACAACAACAGCAACAACAGCAGCAGCAGCAGCAGGUGGCCCAUCAUGCGCAGCCACCUUCGUUUCCAAACCUGCACGCCCAAUUCGACCUGGCACGUUUCCAGCACCAGCAGCCAUCGCAUCAGCACCAACAACUAGCGGCCUCGGGCAUGUUGCCGCAAGUAGGCUCUGACCUGGGGAUGAGCCUUGCUGGCGUGGGUGCACCUGCACAGCAACCUGGCGCGGUUCCCCCUCUCUCAUUCAAUACUUUGACGCACAAUUCCCAAAUCCCUGGUACGCACCCCAACCUGUCGAUGUACGCCAACUUACACGGAGGUUUCCCACCACAAGCAUCUUAGCCAUCCUAGUUGAACGAAACGCUGCUCCCUUUCCCCGAGUUAAACGUCUCAUUUCUAAACGAUGCUUAUGAAAAUCCCUGUGCGCCGCGUGGGCAUUUGUUCGCCCAACUUCCUGUUUCUUUCGUUCUUUUUAUCUUUGUCAUACCUGGACGCUUCACACCCGUGCCUGUGUCCUGGUCAGUUGUCUGUGGUUUUGCUCUGCCUGUUUAGCGUGCAUCGUUGCUCCGUUCACAUUUGAACGACUUGGCUCGAUGGCAAUCAAGACAAUGACAAUUG